AUGUCGCUGUCUUCCCGAAAAAAGCUCCUUCUUAUGGGCCGUUCCGGCUCUGGAAAGUCGUCAAUGCGUUCCAUCAUUUUCUCCAACUACUCCGCUUUUGACACCAGGCGUUUAGGUGCCACUAUCGAUGUGGAACACUCUCACCUUAGGUUCUUGGGUAACAUGACGCUUAAUUUGUGGGAUUGUGGAGGACAAGACGUGUUCAUGGAUAACUACUUCACGACACAGAAAGACCACAUUUUCAAAAUGGUGCAAGUGCUUAUACAUGUGUUCGACGUGGAGCUGAAGCUGAUUAACAAGGACAUUGAUAUCUUUGUCAAGUCGCUUACGAAUUUGCAGAAGUUCAGCCCUGACGCCAAAAUCUUUGUUUUGCUUCAUAAAAUGGACUUGGUCCAGAUCGACAAGAGAGAGGAGUUGUUUGUGAUUAUGAUGGACAAGCUCCAAAAAAUCUCGAACCCGUACCAGUUCAAGCUCGUGGGGUUCCCCACCUCCAUUUGGGACGAAUCCUUAUACAAAGCCUGGUCGCUGAUUGUGUGCCUGUUGUUCCCCAAUAUGGAUCUCUUCCACUCCAACUUGUUGCGGUUCAAUGAGGUGUUGGACGCUGAAGAGAUUAUUCUUUUCGAGAAAACAACGUUUUUGGUCAUAUCGUCGACGGCAUCGAUUCAGCGACAAACGCAGCGCUCCGGGCCUCUCAGUGGCUCCGUCGAUUCCUUGGAUCCCAAGCGGUUCGAGAAAAUCUCCAAUAUCAUUAAAACAUACAAGCAGCUGAUCACCAAAUUGAGAACAAGCUUCAACAACCUCGUCAUUCGCGGUUCUAAUGGCACAAGCUUCUAUGUGGACGUGCUUACAGAUAAUUUAUUCAUUAUGAUUGUGCUUAAGGACCGUGUGGCUGAACAGAGCUACGUCAAUGCACGCGAGGAUCUUGUUAUUCUUGAAAAUAUCAAGGCUGCCCGCCGUUGGUUUGAGAAGAUUGAGAAUACGAAGUAG